AUGGGAAUAGGCGCACGAGGUACCUGGUUUUGUGGUAACCACCAGGCCUGCAUCACGUCAACAUGGUUCCGUGGUAACCUCCAGGCCUGCAUCACAUCAACAUGGUUCCGUGGUAACCUCCAGGCCUACAUCACGUCAACCUGGUUCCGUGGUAACCUCCAGGCCCGCACCACGUCAACCUGGUUCCGUGGUAACCUCCAGGCCUGCAUCACGUCAACAUGGUUCCGUGGUAACCUCCAGGCCUGCAUCACGUCAACCUGGUUCCGUGGUAACCUCCAGGCCUGCAUCACGUCAACCUGGUUCCGUGGCCUGCAUCACGUCAACCUGGUUCCGUGGUGGUCGCAGGCCUGCAUCAUGGCAACCUGGUUUCGUGGUAACCACCAAGUCUGCAUCACGUCAACCUGGUUCCGUGGUAACCUCCAGGCCUGCACCACGUCAACCUGGUUCCGUGGUGGUCGUCAGACCUGCAUCAAGUCAACCUGGUUCCGUGGUAACCUCCAGGCCUGCAUCACGUCAACCUGA